AUGCCCGGGCAGAUGUGCGGGGAGGGCCACGCCAGCUGUGCAGCACCGGGACAGAGCCUCUGGCACUCCCCGGAGCUGCUCUCCGACAUCCAGGACGGCUACAGCGUCUCCGGGCACCUGCUGGUCUGCUUCUCCUCGGGCUACUUCAUCCAUGACAGCCUUGAUAUCAUCUUCAACCACCAGUCCCGCUCCUCCUGGGAGUACCUGGUGCACCACACCAUGGCCAUCUCUGCCUUUGUCUCACUCAUCAUCACGGGCCGUUUCCUGGUGGCAGCGAUUCUGCUGCUGCUGGUGGAGGUGAGCAACAUCUUCCUCACCAUCCGCAUGCUGCUAAAGAUGAGCAACGUGCCUUCCCCGGUGCUCUACGAGGCCAACAAGUACAUCAACCUGGUGAUGUAUUUCGCCUUCCGCCUGGCGCCCCAGGCUUACCUCACCUGGUACUUCCUCCGCUACGUGGAGGUGCAGGGCCAGGGAGCCUUCCUCACCGCCAACCUCCUGCUGCUCGACGCCAUGAUCCUCAUGUACUUCUCCCGCCUCCUCCGCUCCGAUUUUUUCCCCUCCCUGCGCAAGGGCUCUGCAAGGAGAGACGUGGAUGGUGAGAAGUUUCUGAUAGACUGAGAUAUGUGUGCUGAGGCAAAACGGGGCUCUGGCUCCUAGAGGUCUUGGCCUCUCCAAACCUGCUCUGAUGUGCCUUAGGGCUCGCUCCCUGGCCCCAGGCCCUGCCUUCACCCGCUCUGCUGCCUAAAAGCACUUCCCUGCUGGACCAGCCUGACAGCCUCUCCGAGCCGCAGGGAUGCCACCAAAGCCAGGGGCACGGCUGAUGGAAAAGCAGCCCAAGCCGGCUUCUGCACAGGCAGCUGGAGGGCCAGGGGUGGCUGCGUUUCACAGCUGAUGGCCUGAGAGGGUUGCAAGGGAAGGGACAAGUCCCUCCUGUGGUGAUGU